CUCUCUUCUCAUUUAUAUUUUUCUCCAGUUCAGUGCAGGUGAUUUUUUAUAUAUUUAUUUUUGUUUUUAUCCCCUUUUUUCUAUUUUUUCUUUUUUACACCGCUUUACCUGAUUCUUCCCUUCCUUCGUUCCUUCUCAAUUGAGGGUACCCCUAAAAAAUAAAGUUUUUUUUUUGAGAGGAAAAUAUAUACCCAACAAAUAUUUCUUCAACGGCUUCAUUCCUUUUCGUUGUUUCUCUCUCCUUGUUCUUCUUCUCUAUCUCUUUUUCUACACCAUCAGGUGUUUGAAUUUUGCAUUGUUUUGCGUUGGAUGAUGAAAUGAAGAGUUGGUGAUUAAGUGAAUAAAUUCGUCUGUUCCAUUUGUGAGAUUGAGCAGAUGGGUUGGUUUGUUUUUCGUGGAAAAGUUCUGGUUAUUGUUUGAUAUUGCUGGGGAUUGUGAAAAACUGUGAUGGGUCCUUGUGAGGUUGCAGCUGAACCUGCUUGUGCCUCUCCGCAAAUGUUUGUGGUUGAGAGGAGUGAGGAGUUAGUGGAUGAUGUUCUUAGUGAGAGGCUUAGAGAGCAGGCUAUUGAGCCCCUUUCAAAGUUAGAUGUUAGUUCGGGGACUACUGAUAAAGGUGGGGAUGAUUCUGCCGUAGAAUUAGUUGCUCAGCAAGCUUGUUGCUCGCAUUUGGGUGAUGGGUUAGAUUCAUUGGGAAGUGAAGAUGGGAAUGCAGUUGGUGGUCCUGAGAAUCCACAUUCUGCUGAAAGUACUGAAGCUAUCUUUAAGAUGGCUGAUUCAGCAUGUGCUGAUGGCAUUAGGGAGCAAGUUAAUUGUAAUUCCAAUGAGGGAUUGCAAGAGUUGGUGGUUCUGCCGCUUUCAACUUUGGGCAUUAAGUCGCAGGAAAUUAGAGGGUCAGAGAGCACUGUUUUGACAUCCAGUUCCAAGGAGUGUCUCUGCAAUAUGGAUCAUAGCUCUGGUAAGGUUGAAGCAAGAGCAAGGGACCUUAGUCCACAUACUGCUGAUACAGAUUUUGAACCAAUUAAGCAUUCCGUUAACAACCCUGAAUUCGGGAAUGUUUCAAAAAUCAACUGCAGCUUGAACAGGAUAUGUCUUGAAGGACUAUGUGAGAGUGAGAUGAAUUAUUGUCUUUCAAACCUUAACGUUGAUGGGCUAGUUCCCUUAGGAAUGCGGCAAGGUACUGGUAAUCGUCUCAGUGCUUCUGCAGCACAGUAUAUUUCAGAUACUAACGAAGGAUUUGAUGAUUCUUUGAGUCAAAGGCUUAUGGAGGCUGUCUAUACUGGGGCUGUGGAUGAUGAGUCUUCAAAGAUUUUUCUGAUAGAGGAUUCUUUAACAUUAAAUGGUUGUGUUGCAGUUCCAGAUGUUACAAAUACUAGUAGCACUAGAAAUGGGAAUAAUGGGCCAGAUAGUGACUCGUUAGAAUUGAAAGGUCCAAAUACUUGCUCUCCGCCUUUACGUAGGAGUUCUCGUAGUAGAAAAUCUGUCCAGAAAGUUCAAAGAGGAAAAAAUGCAACCAGUUGUAGAAAGAAGGCCUCGAAAGUAUCAAUUCAUCAAACAUUUUACUUGCUUUCUGAGGCUACAAGAAAGAAACGAAGUCGUUUGAGUAGAUCAACUUCUACGUCUGUAUGGGGAUCGCCCGAAAACCUGUCUAAGUUCUUUCCAAUGAGCGAUGAAGUUACUCCAAAUCCAGUAUUGGAUCAAAGCUUAAGGAAAAAAAAGGCAGGCCAAAGGAGCCGAAAGGAAAAUAAGAAUAAAGUAGCAAGUUUGCAGUUGUUAGAGGUAAAACAAGAGGUUCCCUGUCGUCCAAUUCGCUUAAAGGUCACCUUUGGGAAAAGGGGGCAACAAAAUAAGGUUGAGAGUAUGCCUUCCAUAUUAACUGGGGAUUUACCUUCUUCUCAGCCUCUUAAUGUGAUGGAUAGUUCAGUAUCCAAAGAGGUGCCUAAUUUGAUGCAAUGCAGCAAUUCCACAUCAAACCUUCAGUUCACAGGAUUAAAUCAGGAGCUUAGCUCUCUGCCCGGAAAAUCUAGUUGUAUCGAUUUUCCCCUGGUUUUUGAUAGGCAGGGAAGCUCAUGUCCUGACAAGUUCUCAGAUCCUGGUACCUCACCUGACUCGGAGGUUAUUGACCAGGUUCUUGAUUCUACUACUGGGCCAAGGUCUUUUACAUCCCUACAUAACUUUGUAAACAAGGACUCCCAUGGUAAUGCUUGCCCCAGUAUUCCAGCAUCUGCAAAAAAGAGUAAGAACAGAAGAAAGAAGAAAGAUAAACUUUGUCAAGCAGGCAAUCCUCUAAAAAGCCAACACUCUGCUGAUGGAGUUAACAUAUUCGAGAAGGAUGGUCAAUUGCAUAUUGCUAGUAAUGAUUUGUGCUCUAUUGUUGAUAACAUUGCCGACAAGGAAAAUCCUCCAAGAAACAGCUCUGAUGGAGUUCCAAAGGAGUUGUUUUCUGUUGUUGAAGGUUCCUGUAGAACCUCUAAUCAGGGCCAUGUUGCUGAUAUCAAUACUUAUUCUGAGAUGACUGGUGGGAUUGAAUCGGCUGAUUCUGGGAAUUCCUGUCAGUUACUUCCUCUCACUGCUAACCAGGAUUUAAGAAAUUCUAAAGGUUUAAAAAUGAAAGGAAAUUCUAGUAGUAAAACUAAGAAUACUAAUGAAAUUAGGAGUAAAAAAGGACCCUCUAGCCAGCAGAAGAGUAAAAAGGAAGCAAAUAAAAGCAAAGUGAGGGCAAAUGGGAUUUCAAAUGAGGCAUACAAAAUAAAUGGCCAACCAGCAACAGGGGAUCAGGAAGUGAUUGAUGUGAGGAAAAGAGAGUCUAGCAAUGAAGUUAUGAUAGAAAAUGCAUCUUGUGCGGAUCUUAAAGCCACUGGUGUUGGAGAGCUGCCUUUGGCUCCUCGUGUUGCAUGGGUUUGUUGCGACGACUGUCUUAAGUGGCGUUGUAUACCCGCUGAACUUGCCGAUGUUAUCGAAGCAACAAAUCGUAGAUGGGCUUGUAAGGACAACCAAGAUCAAGCUUUUGCUGAUUGUUCAAUUCCUCAAGAGAAAUCCAAUGCUGAGAUUAAUGCUGAUUUACAAAUAUCUGAUGAAGAGGAUGCUUGUGAUGGGAAAAUAGGCUCCAAGGGUAGUGGUCAUAAGCAAUUAGUAGCUUCACAACCUUCAACUUGGAUAGCAAUAAGGUCUAACCUAUUUCUGCACCGCAGUCGGAAAAAACAGAAUAUAGAUGAGAUAAUGGUUUGCCACUGCAAACCCUCUGUAGAUGGCAGCCUGGGCUGUCGCAGUCACUGCCUGAAUAGGAUGUUGAACAUUGAAUGUGUUCAAGGAGCUUGCCCUUGUGGGGACCUAUGUUCUAAUCGACAGUUCCAAAAACGGCAAUAUGCCAAACUGAGUAGGUUCCAUUGUGGUAAAAAAGGUUAUGGAUUACAAGUCUUAGAAGAUAUAUCCGAAGGGCAGUUUCUCAUUGAGUAUGUUGGUGAGGUGCUAGAUUUGCACACUUAUGAAGCGCGGCAAAAGGAUUAUGCCGCAAAGGGUCACAAGCAUUUCUACUUCAUGACACUAAAUACAAAUGAGGUCAUUGAUGCAAGUGUCAAAGGAAACUUAGGUCGGUUUGUUAACCAUAGCUGUGAUCCUAAUUGUCGUACGGAAAAGUGGGUUGUAAAUGGUGAAGUUUGUGUUGGCCUCUUUGCACUGAGGAGUAUCAAGAAGGGUGAAGAGUUGACUUUUGACUACAACUAUGUACGGGUAUUUGGGGCUGCUGCAAAAAAAUGUCACUGUGGCUCUGUUAAAUGUCUUGGUUAUAUAGGUGGUGAUCCAAAUAGUGUAGACAUAAUUGUUCAAGAAGACUCGGAUGAAGAAUUUCUAGAACCUGUUGCGGUUCAUGAAAAUGGUGAAAUUGACCUUGGCCGAAAAGAUGUGAGGCGUAAAUUCAGCUCUAAAAAUGUUGAACCGGCUGCAUGUCUAAGUAACUCAAAUGAAGGGAAUUCGAAAAUUGUAGUUGAAGCUGGAGGAUUGAUAAAUAAAAUAGAUUCUUUGGACAAGAGUGGGCAAUUACAGACCAUGUCAGGAGAGGACUCAAUUGACGUAAUUAAUGAAUCUACUGAGUGUUCAACAGGUUUACCAGCUGAAAAUUUGAGAACUGAACCAGUAUCUGCGGUACAAAAUCAUACAUUAAGAGCAGAACAUACUUUGAGUACAUUGAUAUCUCCCCCAAACUCGGAGUCAAUGCAUUUGGAAAACGCAAUACAGAAUUCUUCUUCUGCUCUGGUUGAUUCUAAUAAUAUGGUGUCUCAAGAUGACGUUGAGGGUGUUCUACCUCAAGCAGGACCUCGCCCUCGCAUGAAAAUUUCCCGCCCAUCUAAAUCUGCCAAAAACAGAAAACCUAGCAGCUCAGCCGCUGUUGGUAAGGGUCUUUCAACAACACAGAGACCAAAUAUUUUAUCAUAUAAGCCAAGGAGAUUGCUGGAGGUUUCUGCCAAUGGUCAUUUUGAAGCAGUUGAAGAGAAACUCAAUGAAUUACUCGACGCUGAAGGUGGUAUCUGCAAAAAGAAGGAUGCCUCUAAAGGUUACUUGAAACUUUUGCUUCUUACUGCAGCUUCUGGUGAUAGUGGCAACGGUGGAGCAAUUCAAAGCAAUAGAGAUCUUUCAAUGAUUCUUGAUGCAAUGUUGAAAACCAAAUCUCGUGGGGUUCUGCUGGAUGUAAUCAAUAAAAAUGGUCUUCAAAUGCUACAUAAUAUGAUGAAACUGUACAGAUUGGAUUUCAAAAAGAUUCCUAUCUUACGGAAGCUUCUUAAGGUUUUAGAAUAUCUGGCCGAGAGGGAGAUACUAACUGUGGAACGUAUUAACGGAGAUUCACUUCAUCCAGGAGUAGAGAGUUUGAGGGAGUCUAUAUUAUCUUUCACUGAGCAUGAUGAUAUUAAGGUCCAUCAGAUUGCUCGGAACUUUCGGGAUAGGUGGAUUUGUAACCCCAGAAGUUAUUUUAGAAUGGAUAAGAACGACCGAAGAAGGGAGUUCCACAGAGGCUCUAACUCAAGUAGAUAUUUUGGCACAUGUCAUCAUUGGCAAGAGCAGAGAGCAAAAGUGGAACCUAUAGCUUGUUUCGAUCAAUCAGGAACCUUGAACAACCCCACCGAUGUUAAAAAGCAGGAGGCCUCAUUUCCACAGUUAAUUGAUAGCCAGUCCAUCGUUAACAGACCCCGGAAGCGUAAAAGCAGAUGGGAUCAGCCUGCAUCACCCAGGAAAAUCAGAAGAAACCUGGAAGUUGAAUCAAGUGGACCUGUGGACACGAGGGAGGAGGGGAAGGAUUUCUCUGCUGCUCCUAUUGUCUCCGAGCGCAGAGAUGAUGAUGUUAUGCACGAUGCUGAUGACGAUGACGAUGCUCCUCCCGGGUUCGAUGAUACUCCUCCGGGAUUUGCUCCCUCUUCAAUAUGUCCUUCACCGGUACUGGGCCUUCCGCAGGAGAAAUUUAAUCCACAAUUACCGGUAGCAUAUGGACUUCCGUACCCUAUGGUAAAACAAUUCGGAACUCUAAAAUCUGGUACUCACGACACUUGGGCUGUUGCUCCUGCUAUGCCUUUCCAACCUUUCCCACCACUUCCCUCUUGUCCUCGAUCGAUGGGAGACCAGGAAGAAGCAAGGAACGUAAACGAUCAAAGCAUGCCGUGUACAUCUGGUGCUAGUGAAUACGCUGUCCCUACCACAACAAACCAUAAUAUGUUGCAUCGUGAAAGGGGUCCUAGGCACUUUCCGAGUAACAGAUAUCACUAUAAUCGACAGAGGAACCAGAAUUCAAGACGGCCAUGGUUCCGGAAUUUUGAUGGAUGGGCACAUCCUAGAAAUAGGACAUUUGACAGUAACAUGGAAAUGGUAGAUAAUGAAAUAAAUAAUCAGCAUUUAGCUGAUGUAAACCAAAGUGUAGAGUAUGCAGGCAAUUGUUAGAUUUACAGCAUAAAAUUUCAUUGAUUCUAUAGGAAAAACAUCCACUUGUUCUUUGAUUUUCCAUUGUUCCCCUAUCAUUGUAAGCUUGCUCUUAUAAACAUUUUUGAGAUUUGCAAGCGUGAAAAUCAUUCAGUUUGAAGGGAAUUAUGUCAUUGGAUACGUCAAUCCUGUAUAGAACGAAUGCAAUUAUUAUUCUUCAUCGUCUUAUUGUCU